AUGAACGUCUCACGGCCGGUGAGCCGCGCCCUCCGUGCCGCACCGAGGUUACGCCCGGCAUCACCAUGGCGCCGGCCUCUGCCACCCUCCGCCGCCGUCGGCCGUCAGCUCCGGCCCUACUCCGACGUCUCUGCCGGCGAUUUGCAGUUCGGCCAGCCGGUACAUGAGACUCACCCUCACAUUCUCAAAGCCGGAGAGAUCACACCCGGCAUAACAGCCCAAGAAUACCACGACCGCCGCGCCCGCCUCGCCGAACGCCUCCCAGACAACGCCGUCGCCGUCCUCGCCGCCGCAGACCUCAAAUACCGCUCGGGCGCCGUCUUCUUCCCCUACCGCCAAGACUCCAACUUCCUCUACCUCACCGGCUGGAACGAGGGCGACUCGGUCGCCGUCAUCCGCAAGACGGGCAAGGACUACGGCGACUACGAGUUUCACCUCUUCGCCAAACCAAAGGAACCCGUCGCGGAGCAGUGGAUGGGCGCCCGCAACGGCGUCCAGGCCGCCCUCGACAUCUUCAACGCAGACAAGGCCGACGACAUUGCCCGCAUCGACCGCUGCCUCCCCGAGAUCCUAAAGGGCGCCAGCAGGGUCUACACCGACAUCCCGAAGCCGGGCAGUAGUAGUAGCGGCGAACCCGCGGGCAACGGCAGCAGCAAGCUCGCCAACCUCAUGAACUCGGACAAAUCCUGGUUCCCCUCCGUCCGGACCCCGCUCUACCCCGUCAUCAACCAGCUCCGCGCCAUCAAAUCCCCCGCCGAGAUCGCCAACAUGCGCCGCGCAGGCCAAAUCUCCGGCCGCGUCAUCACGGACGCCAUGCGCCGCGCCUGGACACGCGAAAAAGACCUCCACGCCUUUCUGGAUUACCGCUUCACCGCCGACGGCUGCGACGGCCCCGCCUACGUCCCCGUCGUCGCGGGCGGGCGCAACGGCCUGUGCAUCCACUACGUCGUCAACAACAACACCAUCCCGCAGGACGAGAUGCUCCUCGUCGACGCGGGAGGCGAGUACGGCACCUACAUCACCGAUAUCUCGCGCACCUGGCCCGCCGCCGGGAAAUUCACGCCCGCGCAGCGGGACCUCUAUGAGGCUGUGUUGACGGUCCAGCGGUCCAGCGUCGCGCUCUGCCGCGAGGACGCCAACCUUUCACUAGAUGAGAUCCACGAGCACACCUCGGCGGGGCUGCUCGAGCAGCUUAAGAGCCUCGGGUUCGAAGGGAUCACGUCGCGCGACGUCGACGUGCUCUUCCCGCACCACGUCGGGCACUACGUCGGGCUGGACGUGCAUGACGUCCCCGGGUACGGGCGGCGGACGCCCCUGAAGAAGGGCCACUGCGUGACGAUCGAGCCGGGCAUCUAUGUGCCGGACACGGACCGGUGGCCGGAGCAUUUCCGGGGUAUGGGCGUGCGGAUCGAGGAUAGCAUCUGCGUGGACGAGACGUCACCGUAUAUUCUUACGACGGAGGCUGUUAAGGAGGUUGCUGAUAUUGAGGCUCUGAGAGACUAA